AUGGACGUCUUAUAUGAAAUAGAUCAUGUAUGGGUAAAAAGAAACUUUACCCCUGUGUAUGAGGAUUUCAGCUUCCUAUCCAUAGCGGCUACUUGUUGUGUUCUGUCGUUCACCUUUUUGGCUGGCAUUGUUGGGAACGGUUUGGUAAUCUGGGCAGUGUAUCGACAGAAAUCUCUCCAAACACCAACCAACGCGCUUCUUGUAAAUCUUGCAGUCAGUGACCUCCUGAGAUGUUUUAUUGAUUGUCCGUUACUCAUAAUUAUAGAUGUGUUGGGUUAUAAUGGAUUUGAUCUGGGGAUUGUGUUAUGCCAUGCACAGGUCUUCACUUUUUCCCUCAGCAGCUGUGUCCAACUUUUUACUAUGGCAAGCAUCAGCGCAGAGAGGUACCAAGCUAUAGCGCACCCCUUUAAAACAAGCAAAAGAAAAAAAAGAGUGAAAAUUUCAAUACCACUUACAUGGGCUCUAGCUACACUGAUUUCAAUUAUAAGUGUAACGCUUGUUAAGAGCACACCUGUUUAUGUAAAAUGUAGAGGGUUUUCAAUAGAUCUAACUUACUAUGACGCAUUUGGACUUUACAUCUUGGUGCCAGUUUGGUUUGUAACGUUGAGUCUGAUUACAAGAUUCUAUCUCCGUAUUUUUUUCCUCGUGAGAACCCAUGCCAAAAAGAUUUUUGACAACGGAACCCCCCCGUCUCUAGCCGAUAAGACCAAGGAACCAGUUUUAAAAACGUUUCAGGUAAUGGACAACAUAAACUGUAAGGAUGUUAACAUACCUACAGAACUUAACCAGACACACGAGGAAAAGCAAUCGGGGAACUCAGCAUCGUUACAUACUGAAGGUCCAGCAGCAGAAUUUAAGGCAACGUCGACAAAUUUGGAAGAUCCAACGCCAACUUGUCAAGCGUUGCCUGUUUCUGUAGAUUGUUCAGUAAUAGAUAUGGAAGAUACGGAAACACCUUGUUGUGACAGUGACACCGUAUUAUCAGAAGCGGGAGAUCCUACGGCCAACUGCCCUCCAGAAUUUCCUGUUGUCAAAAUUUCAGAACCAGGGGGAUCCACUGUGGAAAAAACAACAGACUGUCCUUCAGUAUUACCUGCAGAAGGUCGAACAGCAGAAUGCCUCGCAUCUUUACCGCUGGGGGAAGUUUCAGCCACAGGUUGCCUUCCAACAUUACCUGUUGUAGAAAAUCCAGUUGGAGAAAUUGCUGGAGCUGUGUGUAUGAUGCCGUCUUCCAACAGAGAAAGAACAAAAAAGAAAACCGAAGGCAAAUUGGCAAAGCGCUCCGGAUACAUAAUCCUCACCUUUCUUGCAUUCUGGAUACCACUGAUCUUGUCUGUUCUUAUUAAUUUCUUCAUUUACAAAAACAAAUCCACGAUUGGAGAAGUGGAAAUCUUUGCUAUGGCAGUGACCUGUAUGACUGCAGCCACAGACCCUAUAACCUACGCGGUUGUAAACCCACAAUUCCGAUCAGAAUUUAAACAGCUGCAUGCAAAAUUCAUCUUAAGUUUGUGUUCAAGGUCUUAA